CGCUGACGUCCGUCUUCUGCAGCAAAAUGGCGUGGUUGACAACAGCCGUGCAGACGAACCAGUCCGGUUCUUUAUUAUUAUCUUCCAAGAAACGCACCGGAACGAUGACCCAAAGACGGUUCAGACUGUUGGACAACAAUGUCCUCUUACUGCUGUCGUUAGCCUGCAUGUUGCACUGUGCUGUAGCUGACGGUAAGACGUUGGUUCUGCUGGACAACCUCAACAUCAGAGACACCCAUUCAAUCUUCUUCCGCAGUCUGGCAGAUCGUGGCUUUGACAUCUCAUUCAAGACGGCUGAUGAUCCCUCCCUAUCUCUGAUCAAAUAUGGCCAGUUCCUCUAUGACCACUUAAUCAUCUUCGCGCCAUCAGUUGAGGACUUUGGAGGAAAUAUAAAUGUGGAGACCAUUACGUCCUUUAUCGAUGGUGGAGGAAACGUCCUGGUUGCUGCCAGUUCAGAUAUUGGUGACCCUCUGAGGGAGCUGGGCAGUGAGUGUGGCAUUGAGUUUGAUGAAGAAAAGACUUCCGUCAUUGACCAUCACAACUAUGAUGUGUCUGACGCCGGAGAGCACAACCUGAUUGUUGCUGAUCCAGAGAACCUGAUGAAAGCUCCAACUAUUGUUGGCAAGCCCACCAAUAAACCUGUCUUAUUCAAGGGUGUUGGCAUGGUGGCCGACCCAGAGAACCCUCUUGUCCUGGAUAUCCUCACCGGCUCGUCUACUACCUACUCCUUUUUCCCCGACAGACCCAUCUCUCAGUACCCCCAUGCUGUUGGCAAGAACACGCUCAUGAUCGCCGGCCUUCAGGCCAGAAACAAUGCCAGAGUGGUUUUCAGUGGCUCCCUGGACUUCUUCAGUGAUGCCUUCUUCAACUCUGCUGUGCAGAAGGCCACGCCUGGAUCCCAGAGGUACGAGCAGACAGGGAACAUGGAGCUGGCUGAGGCUCUGUCUCGCUGGGUGUUCAAGGAGGCUGGAGUCCUCAGGGUCGGAGCUGUUACCCAUCAUCCUGUUGGAGAGCUCACUCCCCCUGCCGCAUACACAAUCACUGACCUUGUGGAGUUCACCAUUGUCAUUGAGAUGUUGUCUGAGGGCCGCUGGAUUCCCUUCGACGGAGAUGAUAUUCAGCUUGAGUUUGUGAGGAUCGAUCCCUUCGUCAGGACUUAUCUCAAGAGAAAAGGAGAUAUAUAUAGCGUCCAGUUCAAGCUGCCUGAUGUGUACGGAGUCUUCCAGUUCAAGGUGGAUUACAACCGACUGGGAUUCACACAUCUCUACUCCUCCACUCAGGUAUCAGUGCGUCCCCUGCAGCACACUCAGUAUGAGCGCUUCAUCCCCUCAGCCUUCCCAUACUAUGCCAGCGUCUUCUCCAUGAUGGCAGGACUCUUCGUCUUCAGCAUCGUCUUCCUGCACAUGAAAGAGAAGGAGAAGUCAGACUAAUGCAGAGAGACAACUUUGAAGGGAUAACAAGAUAAUAGAAUUAAACUUGUGGUGUGAAGAGAUGAAAUUGAAUGUCUUGAUGGCUUGAAUCUUCACACAGAGACUUGAACUGCAGUAAAAAUACAGUUUCUGUUCGGUUAUUGGGUUACUCGACUAAUCGGGGGCUAGAGGCCAAAAGGGGUGACCUGUGAUGCAGCGGUUGGGGUUUGUUUUGGGGUUUGUUUUGUACUGAAAUCAUUCAAAGGCCUGUAAAUGUGCUGAAGUCAGUCAGCGUUUGUAUGAAGUUGCUUUGCAUUUGAUAAAAUGAUCUAAGUAGAGCACUUGCCUUGGAACAUGAAAGAAAUCCAUAUUAGAAUUUGACCCACAUGUUCUCAACCAGUAAAGCUUAUUGUGGUAAGUACAUGCACUGAAUAUGCCAACUGUUCAUUUGUUUUUGAUAAGUGUUUCCAAAAAAAGUUGGAGUCAUCUUAACAAUAAAAUAUUGACAUUCCA